UUAACAGGUGAGACCAGUGCUGGUAGGAACAGUCUGAUCAAUCUAUUUCUUGGUGAGAAACUUCUUCCUUCCAAUGUCCAGGAAGAGACUAUGACUACCUGUGAAAUAUCCCAUGGUUCAGAGAAGGAAAUUGUGCUACACUUUUCCAACAAGAGUGAACAUAAACGUAUCCUCAAGGGAGGAAACAUUGAGGACCAAAUCAAAGAGUACAUUCAAAAGUCAAUAGAGGAUGAAGAUUGGUGCAAGAAAAUAGAGAUAAUGCUUCCCAACACACUAUUAGAGGUAAGAAUGUUACUCAAUCAAUCAUCAAUCCUUUAGAAUCUACUAUGUAUGAAAAGGAAAGUUAUAAUAAUAUCAAUCAUUUUAAUCUUAACGAGACUUCAUAUUUUCUUUCAAGUUUACUUAAUCAGAUCACCAAGCCUUAACAAAACACCUGAUUAUGUUUCUUCAUUAAGAACCUCAAACUAUACCUAGAAUGCUAAAAGUUUAGCAACUGUAUAUUGAAGAUUCAAAUAACUUUUUUAGAGCAUUUUUCCCAGGAGACUCACCACAUUUGGCCUUUGAAGGACAUUUUGUCACCUCUCUUUACUUUUUUCCCUUUGGCCUCCAAAAAUGGAGCUUGAAGAUUUCUUGAACCUUUUUAAGAUUAAGAUUUGCUUUAGAUUUAUUUCCCUGUCAGGGAUGUUGCACUUUUUCGGCUUUUUCGAAUUUCAUAAUUUAUUAAUCCUCUCUCUAUAAUUUAGGGUGGUAUAGUGAUUGUGAACAGCCCAGGAAUUGGUGAAUCAGAUCAUGUUAAAAGUAUUUUCAUGGACAACCUUUCUCAAGCUAAUGCGUUCAUUUACGUGAUAAACAGUCCGCAGACCGGAGGAUUGCAAGAGGACCUGGUAAGCAAUCUUAAGCAUUUUACAAACCAACUUGCACAUCGAAAUUAAGUAAAUAUUACUUAAAAUUAGUGGUGACGCCCAAGAAUUCACGACAUUAACAGAAUGUUUAACUUUCAUAUAUUCACCAUUAUUACUUGUUACAAUAAACAAAGAAAAAUAGCAAGCAAACCAGAAUGCAUCAAUCAGAGUCCAGUACAUGUAAGUCCAAGUGGAAAUACUACAGGUGCUCUAAAGCCGAAAUCUCACACCACAAAUGGGGUGGCUGUUUAAGGCAACUUUUGUCAUCCACAGCUCAUGUAGUAGUUACUAACCUUUUUUAUAAGGCCAUGUAUUUUUUAUGUAAUGUGACAGUGUACAUGGAUUCUGAAGAAACAUGUUCAGGUAGUGAAUACUCAUAAAGUGAUUAUUCAGAUGUUACUUAUGACAGUAGUUUUAUAGAUGAUAGUGAACUGGAUGAUGAUACCUUUUAUUUUGAUGACUAUGGUAAUAUUACACAUUUCAAUGAUGAUAACAUAGCAGAAGCAGAAGAAGAAUUACAUUAUACAUUGGCAGAUUUAGGAAAACUGAGAAUAUAUUCAUAGGUAUAAUAUCUAUGUAAUAAUAUAUAGAAUGUAUUGUAGCAAAAUAAUUCAUGAUGAAUGGGAGGAUAUAGUAUGUCCCUUCUGUUAUAAACAAAUAAAAAAACGAUCAGUUAUACCUGUAAAGUGUUGAGAUGAACAGCAACUGGAAAAUAAAGAUCAUAAGAUGGUUUACAUUAAUUAUGGACAAAUAGAUGGUUAUAAUCCAAUGCAUGAAUUCUGCAGCUUUAAUGAUAACAAAUGUAACAUAGUAAGAAAAUCUGUGUACUAUAGAAUAUACUACCUCGAUAAAGUCAUAUUUAAUUUACAUUAAAUUUAAUUGAAACAUUAGCUCCACUUUUUAACUGGUCCUACUACAGUACCGUUAUUAUGUGAAAGGUUGUUGUAAUAACAGUAAACAUUUUGUAUUUUUACCAUCAAACACUUUCUUUGUAAUAGAAUUAUCAUCAUUAGUUGCAUCUUGUAUUUUCAACUGUUUUUUUGUCAUUUUAACAGGUGCUAUGAAAUUAAGAGAAUCAUUAGUUAUUUCAAACUUUUUAUUCCACGUGCUCAAUGGAACAUCAUCGUGAUAUCCCAAGAUGCCAUUAAAACUAUGACAUGAAUGACCAAAUCCUGUGAAUAAGCCACACUUGACUUAAUUUUCAAUACCAAAUCCAUCAUCAAAUGGUUAGUUGUUAUAUUAUUGUACUUGUUUAUAUGAACCAAUGAUCUGGUAUGAUCUGCAAAUUAAUUAGUUGAAACCCUAGAAAUUGUCUCUACACCACUGCUGGCUUAUAGGUGUCAACAGAUGAAUGGUCAAUAGAUGCAGAGGGGAAGUAUAAUUCAAAUACCACUGUGUAUUCACCAGUUAGUACUUCAUACAUAUUCAAACCAACACGAGAUCAAUAAUACCCUUUACUGGAAUCUAAAUGGAGUUUCAUUUCAUAGGUUUUUUUACUGAACUGAUGAAAGUCUUGAUCAAUGAAUUUAAGCCCUGUGAUAUCAUCUUCAUCACUAAACCGCCCACUUUUGCUCUAAAUGUAUACAAAUGUGUUUUCCAAAUCUGUACUUCCAACAGACUGAUUCAAUCUAUCAUUAACAUACUUCUGAUAAUUAGUAGUUGUUUGUGUAUUAUUAUUGUUGAUAGCUGUAUUGAUAAAAUUAACAUCAGCAGCAUGUGUGCUUUCAUGCACCUGUGACUGUUUGACAUAAUUAUUACUUCUGCUAUUCAUAUUCAAAUUAUCAGUCAUCACCCUCGUACAAUCAGUUUUCAACAAACUACUUGUUUUGUAUCAACAUUACUUUCAUUGCUUCCAUCUUUUGCACUUGUUUGGUCCACUACAUUAAUCUCCCUAUUGCCUUUCAUAUCAAAACCAAAGUAAAGGUUUUACUAUCAACAUAUUUGUUAUUGACCACGUGCUUAUCACUAUUAUCAUUGCUGUCAUAAUCUGGUAUUAAUAACAUGCUUUUCAAUGUUUGGGGCAACAGAUUAUCCAUAUCUAUUUUCUUAUCUGUGAUAUCUUUCGUCUGCUUCAAGGUCACAGCCUCAUCAUCAUAUUGAACUCUACUCUGGUCAUAAAUGGUCUUACCAUCAGAAUCCGUUACCACUUCCAAAUCUCAAUAAUUGGUUAUCAUCACUUUUUUUUCUGUAUGUUGUCUCCCAAAAUACCUUAAUAACUGCAUCAUCAUUUGAAGUGGGUGUAUGCACAUUCUUAAUAAUGGAAUGAUGAGUCUUUACAGUGUUGUUGUCACACAACUCGUUCGCGUCUAAAGCAUUGGCGAUGUUCACCUUCCUUUAUUUGCCUUGACAUCCUUAUAAACUUUGCUGCAAAUAAAAAGAAUUGUUAUCUUACUGAAGAUCUUGUUCAAAAAACCAAGUUUUCUUUAAAAAAUCUGACCGAUUGACAUGAUGAGUCUUUACAGCGUUGUUGUCACACAAUAACUCGGUCACUUCUGAAACUUUCUUAGUCAUUGGUGUUGUUUACCUUGCUUUAUUCGCCAUGAGGUCCUUAUAAACUUUGUUGGAAGAAAAAAAAAAUUGUGUUUUCACGAAAGAUCUUGUCAAUUGGUCAGAUUUAAAAAAAAAGCUAGGCCAUCUAGACAAGGUCGUUUGUAAAAAGCAAUCCUAUUUAUUUCCAAUAAAGUGUAUAAGGAUUUCAAGGCGAUCAAAGCAAGGUGAACAUCGCCAAUGACCAAACAAGCUUUAGGCACGAACGAGUUCUUGUGUGACAACCAUAGCAACCACACGGAACCACAUGUUUUUUUUAACUUUAAAGAAUCAUUUAUUCAUGAUCGAGAACGUUUGAUUUACGAUAAAAUUUGAUGUAUUUUAAAGAUCAAGCGAACAUGUAAAAGCUAUAUAUAUCAUGCAAUUAUUCUGCUCUUGAAGGUCCGUUUAAUGUCGACAUCGAUUUCAGUAAUUGAGCCGCUGUUUUUUUUUACCAUUCUCACAUUUCUCCCAAAAUCCAAACACCUUACUCUGCAAUUGCCUAUUAGCCCUUCUUUGGAUUCUGGUCAUCUUCUGGUUAGAUAAUAAUCGUAUUUGUAUUGCAAAAGCGUUUAGAAAUGUUUGCCGUUCACCUGCAUAGCCCGGUAUUGAGGCGGACCAAACGUAGACACCUUCAAAAGUGAGUUGUCGCAAAAUAAUUAUCUCGUUCGCGUCUAAAGCUUUUUUGGUCAUUAGCGAUGUUCACCCUGCUUUAUUCGCCUUGACAUUCUUACAAACUUUGUUGGAAAUAAAAAGAAUUGUUUUUUACUGAAGAUCUUGUCUAGAAAGCCAAGUUUUUUUAAAUCUGAUCGAUUGACAUGAUGGGUCUUCACAGUGUUGUUGUCACACAGUAACUCGUUCGCGUCUAAAGCAUUUUUGAUCAUUGGCGAUGUUCACAUUGCUUCAUUCGCCUUACAAACUUUUGGUGAUAAAGAGACCAAUAAUAUGCAUGCUAUAUUCGUUGACACUGAAAGAUAUCCACUUACUUUGAACCAAUUGGUAAGUACAAUAAGAAGAUCUGUUAUCUGAAUGCUACCAGGAUAAGAGUAAUUACGGAAUGCUGUGAUAGGAUUGUAGUGAACAAGAAGUAUGAAACCAUUGACUUAAAGUAUGAAAAGUAUAAAGCUUGCAUUGGUACUCCUAUAUUUGCAACACAAAAUAUCAAAGACAAACAGAUAUUCAAUAAAUGGAGUUUACUGUUGAGGAUAUUAAACAUAUAUUAACGUUAAGGUAAAUGGUAAAUGGUUUGAUCUUGCUGAGUUUGCAGAACACUUUAUCCCCGGUUUCUCUGUUACAGUGUAUAAAUACCAAGGUGCAGACAUAAAUGAGAACUAUAAUAUAUAUAAUGUCAAGUGCAUAGAUUAAAAAACAAUUGUAUACUGCAUUAUCUCGUACCAGAAAGUUUGAAUUCAUUCAUCUGAACUUCAAAGAGCUAAACAAUAGAUAUGUUACAAGAGAACAACCUACGUUGGAACUGACAAAUAGUAAGUUUAAUAGUCUAUACAGGAAUGGUAAGAUAUAUAAGAUAAUGUUUGAUGACGGUAGAUUAUAUGUAGGUUCAACAUUUGAAGAACUAAAUACAAGGUUAAAAUGGCAUUUGUCUAAUGUAGAGAGGGAACAACAACUAAGGGAAAGUGUGGGAUUACUUGACAAAAGACGCCAAGAGUCUUCUGUAAGAAAUUUUAUUUCAUCUAACUUUUUCACUUUUUAGCUUCGAGUAUUGGAUGAAUGGAAGAAGCUCUACGAAGGAAGAGAAGAACCAGGCAUCACUGCUGAAUCUGCUCUUUUCGUCUGCAACAAGUGGGAUGCAAUGGAAGGAAAAGAUGACGAAACCGAAACAGAGGAGCUCCAAAAGAACAUCAUACGCAGGCUAAGGGAAAGAAUUCCCAAACUUGAUGAAGAAUGUCAAGUAGUCAGAAUAUCUAUGAACACAGCAAAAGAGGAGCUAAUGGAGACAGGCAAGAUGAAUGAUGAUCUGUACACGCUCAUUUGUGCAAUUCAGGACCUUUUACAUCGUGAUGUAAAAAUGAAAGCCACCUUCUUCUAUCUGUAAGUAAAAAAAGCUUUUUGUUUGACAAUCUAAUCUAUGGGAAACGAAUUUCAGAACGUAUUGAUUCAAAUUUACAAAUUUAAUCUCUUAAAAACCAGAUUUACAAAAAUCCGCCCGCUGUCUUGAAUGAUUUACAGCGAGGCUCGUGCCCUGUGACACCUCAGUUAGUGGAUGAUCACUCUGUGUCUUGGACUGUCUCCCACGAUUAAAAGUCAGGCUCAUGCCCUCCUGCACCUCAGAUGGUGGACUAGAUCACUGCAGCGGGCGGAUAGGAGAGAAUUUUCAGUUUCCAAAGUAGGGGGCUUGGGAAGGGAGGUGAAACUUGCUGCACUUUUGGGUAUGUUUCGUUGAGUCUACAAAGAUAUAUCUGCUUGGAUUCGCAAAACAUACCCACUGUGUUGCAAGGUUAACAGUCAGGUUCCUGUCCUGCCACACCUCUGCUAGUGGUGAACACCCAGUGAUUGGGGGUGGCCGAGAGUCCGAAGUAGCAGGUGUACGAGGGUUUGCAAAAACCUCUUAGCUGAAAAUGGAGGGGCUUAUUGUCAAGGACAGCACCGAUACGCAGCACAGGGACUGGCCCAUUACAGGGUGGGUCAGCGGCUGUGGUGCGUCCAAAGCACAGGGAUGGAGAGGGUUGGUUUUGGACUCCUCCGCCUAUUCUAAAUUGCUCUUAAGGUGAAGGGGGCUUCCGAGCUUAUUUUGAAAAUGCACUGUUUAGCUUGACUAGCCGUCAGGCUUAUUCCUUGCCACUGCUCCGUCAGUAGGCAGGGAAGAUUCAAUAGCUGAAGGGUGGUAGAGUGUCAAGACAUCUUGGAAGAGGCUUCUAUUGAUAUUGGAGACACAAUCAGUUAGGAUUUUCGCUUGAAGGCAGUCAUUGCCGCCUUUAAACCAGCCUGGCCGAGGAAAAGGCCAAGAGUUUAAAGUCAAGGGUAGCACCUGCAUAACUUUCAGCCACUGGUCCUUUUAAGGGUGGGUUGCGAUUUGAACUGUAUCUAAAAUGAUCGAAUACGGAAUUAACUUUGUUUCAAAUCAACAGCUGGAUAAGUGGCCAGAUUAGCUGGCUAAAGGAUUUGGCAAAUGUGCAAAUACAAAAUACUCAAAGGAGUAGAAACGAAUGCCUGGAGGUAAGGGAAGAACUUAAUGAGUUGCUGCAGAAGCUCGAGAAAGGCUCUCACAUCCAUGAAAUUGAUGAUGCUGUUCAUUUCCACGAAGAAGAACUGUGCAAAGAGCUUACGUCCUACUUGAGAUCUGAAGAAGUUCAGAAGAAAUUUUGCGAUUGGUCCGAAAAGGACUUGCCUGUUAUUGGUCAUCGUCAUAGUUCCAGACGGAUCAAAUUCGAACUUGGUAAAUGCAUAGAUCGAAGAUUACAUUCUUUGCUUAAAAGCGUGGAAAAUAGAGAAAAACAUUUCGCGAAAGCUCGUGCAGACCUGGAGGAAAAACGUCUUCGAUAUUUCUCUGAUCUUCAAAAGGGCAUUUGUGACAUUGACCGUGUUCUUGACUCAGAGGAUCAGUCUGUUCCCUUUGAAUUGCACUCUGGAAGAAUGUGUUUGCCUUUCUACGCAAGAAUGAAAAAGAUGAUUGUGGCAGCUGGUGUAGUUUUUAUGCCAGUGUUGAUUCCUGUUGGUUUAGCUGCAGGAGCUCUCUUUGCACCCGCUUUCGGUUAUAUGGCCGUCGCAAAGUAUCUCAAGGAACAUCAGCUCAGGGAAGAUCCUUGUAAAGCUUUAAAAGAACUUUCCCCACAGUUUCUAAAGUCUUUCAUUAAAGAAAGUCUACGGGAUCAUGUCCAAAGAGAACUAGCUAACGAAAAAAAUCAAAUUUCCCAAAUAAAGAGAUGCCAUUCAGCGAUCAUCAGUAAAUACGAUCAGCAAUGUGAGGCUUUCAGGAGGAUAGCAGAUGAAUCAGGAGAUGAAGAAGCCCUGGAAGAGAAGGCCCUGGAAGAGAGGGCCAUGGUCGACCUGUAUUGGGAACUGCGGAAUAUGAGGAACAACCUUUUGUUUGACGCCAUCCAAAACGGAGUACCAGUCAUGUACCCGUCUGGCCAAAUCGAUGGCAAAAAGCUUUCUUGCAAUAUGGAAGAAGUGCUAGGGGUAGGAAGCUCAGCCAAAGUCUUCAAGGGAACACUAAAAGGACAGAGUGUUGCUGUAAAAAGGCUACAACAAGAGCUUCAUCCACAAAGUGUUGCUUGGUUUCUUGAAGAAGCAGGAAUAUUAAGGUAUGAGUGUCUGGAUAGCUAAACAGAUAGUAAGACAGUCAAACAACUGCACACACUGACUUAGGAAAUUUUCCUGGUGUUACCAUACUUUAAAAGUCUGCUUCUUGUCUUUUGAGCUGCACCGUUUUAAAUGCCACACAAAGUUACCUCAAAGGUCUUCAAAUAUACCGCUGUUUGUCCGAAUACAUAUGGGUGAUAGGUAAAGAGGCACAUAGUGCACCGGAACUUGGAAACGUUCUCGCUACGGCUUUAACACCGGCAUAAUCAGUUGUAUUAUAUCGUAUUUUCUGAGUAACUUUAGAAAGGAAAGCUUACAUUGCAAUGCUGAAGAGUAAUUAAAACGGUUUUCUUUCUUUCCCGUCACACAGGCAAGUACAACAUAAAAAUAUUUUGACUUUCCAUGGAGUGUGCAUGAAUGUUCAAAAUGGCCGGCUGAUUUCCUUGGAUAUCGUCCUUGAGUUGUGCGCCUCAAGUCUGAAGGAUCAAAUCGUCAACAAAAAAAGAAACACCCCUUGGAUGACGGAGGAUGCAGCAGUUAAAAUACUUCGAUGUACCUUGUAUAUCUUACUGGGGCUGGAAUUUCUUCACGAUCUUGGCAUUGUUCAUCGGGAUAUUAAACUGUCCAACAUGCUGGUUUGUUAAUGCAUUAGCAAUAAUCUAUUUAUUCUCUCGACCUUGAAAGAGCUGUCGUUGUUUUACACUUUUGAAAAUGAUGAUUGUAUUUAUAUGAGCUGAUUUAAAUAAUAAUUACACCUGUUUAAAAGCUCGCGCUGACGUUUUUCCAGUUUCCUAAACUCGAUCUGUGUUAGCUUUUCCUUAGAUUUCCAUGUUUUUUUUUUGUUACCUCUGUGGUUUUUCUGCGUUUUCUUUGGAGCUCUCUUUUAGUUUCAAGCUCCAUUUAAAAUCAAUGAUGAGUUAAUGAGUAAAUGAAUUGAACACCUCUACACGACUUAACGAUCCUAGUGGGAUACACAGGAAAAAUGGGUCUGCAGACGGAAAAGAAGGAAAUAAACCCUAGGAGAUAUGAAUAGCAAAUUAAACGAGCUGACACUCAAAGGUGGAAACUUAGGGGCCUUCUUCGCACCUUACCUUUGUUACAGUUCCGACGGAAGUAAACGUUAUACCCUUUUCUUAAAACACAAGUUUAAAUAUAUUAAUACACGUUGUAGCAAUAAUAUUUCCUGUUUCGAUUAACAUAUGAAAUCUUUCUGUGAACUCAGCUAUUAGCAACUUGAAUAAACCACGAGGAGGUAUGCGGUCGAACCUCCCUUUGCGACCAUUUCUCGUAAGCGACCACCUUUCGUUGGCGACCACUUUUUAAAAUACCAAAAGUUUCCAAGUCAAAUCACCAUAAAUAGAAUCUCUCGACAGCGACCACCUCUAGGAAGCGAGUACUUCUAGAGAUGCUUGUUUACAAGUUUCAAUUGUUUUCUAAUAAUAAUAAUAACAAUAAUAAUAAUAAUAAUAAUAGUAAUGGAGGAUUUGUAAAGUGCUGUAUCAAUUUGCCCAUGGCGCUUUACAACAAGUUGAAGUGAACUUUGGCCUUUCUGCAUUGAGUAUACAAUGUUUUGAAGCCAUUUGUGAGAUACAAAACAAUCACCACAUAUACAGAUACUAGGAUUUUUACCCAGAAUGAACCACUAAAAGUUACUACUAUAUGUUGACACGUAGGUUUUGAUAAGCGCUGGCAAAAGGGUCCGGUCACCAUGUGCAAAUUGAUUACUUAAAAACAUAGACCCUCCUGUGGCCUGACCUUGGGUAAGUGACCACCUCCUGGAAGCGACCACCCAGACUAGACAUUACGGGUGUGCGCUUACGGUAGGUUCGACUGUAUUUGCAAAUUAAAUAUUUCUUCUUGCAAAUUUGAGAUGCUGUCUUUCCUCGUUUGCAGAUCUCAAAAGACAAAGUCAUCAAAAUUGCAGACUUUGGUUGGGCGAAGUCUGAAAGCUCGAUCACGGGUACCCAAUGCGGGACCUUGUUUUACAUGGCGCCGGAAGUAAGAAAACGCAUCCCGUACGGCUCAAAAGUGGACAUGUACAGCUUUGGCAUCAUGAUGUGGGAAAUGUGGUACGGUAAAGAAAUAUUUGCCGACCUUAUUGAGAACGAUGAAGAAAUCCCUCCUCCGACAGAGGUCAAAGGUUAUCUAUCUAGAUGCCCCGUAGGGGACGGCAGCUUCGGUCCUCCAGCAGAGUGGACCAAUCUUAUGAUAUCUUGCUGCAAUCUUGAUCCAGACCAGAGACCAACAGCGACAGAAUGUAAAGAGUUACUUGUGAAAAUUACUCGAAAAUACGAAAAGUAA